CUCCCCACUUAGUGUCCGGCUUCCAAGCGCUUAAGAUGCGCUGGACGCUUGUUAGAGGGCGACACUUGUUUACUCUUCAAACUCGCCUUUUUGGGACCGCGACUCCGGUCGGAGGGAGACGCUUUCUCGUCGCCGGGAGUCGUCAUCGAAUUGUGGCUGAUGUAGUUCAUUGUGACACUUGUCUCCUCCCUCUACCUCCGGCCCCCCCUUCCCAGUGCCUCACCGCAUGACCUCCGACCUCCACACAUUCACGCUGAGCUACGGAGCAGGGCGGGAAACGGCCCCGUCCUCAUCUGGGAUUUCUGUCUCCGGACUCCCACCGCACGCGUCUCCUCUGGGCUGUCACUUCCUGACUGGGGAGCAGCCGACCGUCCAGGAUCCCAGCGCCUCCCCUCGGACCGGUGGAGGGUGUCGGAGCCCUCCGCCCGCCUUCUCCUUCACCCUCGAGAUUUUUCUUCCCGGUCGGAUUGAGCCCGGUUCUGCCGGCCACGGGACCUGUCAAAACUGGGGCGCGAUUCGUGUGAUGCGACAAUGUCGGAUCUGGGCGAGCGCAGGCCGGUCAACAUGGACUACGCCGUCUCCCUGCUGGAGCAGCUCAAGUUCUUCUACGAGCAGAAGCUAUUGACUGACGUGGUCCUGCUGGUGGAGGACACCGAGUUCCCGUGUCAUAAGAUGGUUCUGGCCACCUGUAGCUCCUACUUCAGGGCGAUGUUCAUGAGCGGGCUGAGCGAGAGCAAGCAGACGCACGUGCGCCUAAGGAACGUGGACGCCGCCACGCUGCAGAUCAUCAUCACGUACGCCUACACGGGCCACCUGGCCAUCAGCGAGAGCACGGUGGAGCUGCUCUACGAGACCGCCUGCUUCCUACAGGUGGAGGACGUCUUGCUGCAGUGCCGAGACUACCUGGUGAAGAAGAUCCACCCGGAGAACUGCGUGCGGAUGCUGAGCAUCGGCGACCUGUUCAGCUGCAGCGAGCUGAAGCAGAGCGCCAAGCGCAUGGUGGAGCACAAGUUCCCCACCGUGUACCGGCAGGACGCCUUCCUGCAGCUCUCGCACGAGCUCCUCAUCGACGUCCUGAGCAGCGACAACCUCAACGUGGAGAAGGAGGAGACGGUGCGCGAGGCCGCCAUGCUGUGGCUGGAGUACAACAUGGAGGCGCGCUCGCAGCACCUGUCCUCCGUGCUCAGUCAGAUCCGCAUCGACGCGCUCUCCGAGGUGACGCAGCGCGCCUGGUUCCAGGGCCUGCCCCCCAACGACAAGUCUGUUGUGGUGCAGGGCCUCUACAAGUCCAUGCCCAAGUUCUUCAAGCCCCGCCUGGGAAUGACCAAGGAGGAGAUGCUCAUCUUCAUCGAGGCCUUGUCGAAGCCGCAGGACGAGGCCCGCCUCUUUUCCAUGUCGCCGCCCACCACCGUGGUGUGCUACAGCCCGCAGGCCGAGAAAGUCUACAAACUCUGUAACCCCCCCGGAGACCUGCAGAAGGUGGGGGCCCUGGUCACCCCGGACAACGACGUCUUUAUCGCCGGCGGACAGAUCAUCCUCAACGACUCCAUCACCACCCACGGCAUGGUGGACCUGCGCUCGGUGGACAGCUUCUUCUGGUUCGACGCCCAACAGAACUCCUGGGUGGCCAAGACCCCCAUGCUGUGCGCCCGCCUCAAGCCCUCGCUGGUCUACUGCGACGGCUACAUCUAUGCAAUCGGCGGCGACAACGUCGGCGGCGAGCUGAACAAGCGCACGGUGGAGCGAUACGACUGCGAGAAGGACGAGUGGAGCAUGAUGAGCCCGCUGCCCUUCGCCUGGAACUGGUGCACGUCGGUGGUGGUGCACGACCGCAUCUACGUGAUGACGCACGACAUCAUGUACUGCUACUUCCCCCGCGGCGACGCCUGGGUGGAAAUGGCCAUGCGCAAGACCAGCCGCUGCUUCGCCUCCGCCGCCGCCUUCGGAGACCUCAUCUUCUACAUCGGCGGCCUCCACGUGGUCAGCAACUCGGGCAUCCGCUUGCCCACCAGCACCAUCGACGGCCCCUCCGUCACCGUGGAGGUCUACGACCUCAACAAGAACGAGUGGCGCCCCGCCGCCAACAUCCCCGCCAAGCGCUACGCGGACCCGUGCGUGCGGGCGGUGGUGCUGCUCAACUCGCUGUGCAUCUUCAUGCGCGAGACCCACAUGAACGAGCGCGCCAAGUACGCCGUCUACCAGUACGACGUGGAGCUGGACCGCUGGUGCCUGCGGCAGCACGUGUCCGAGCGCGUGCUCUGGGACCUGGGCAAGGACUUCCGCUGCGCCGUGGGCAAGCUGUACCCCUCCUGCCUGCAGGAGUCUCCCUGGAAACCGCCCACCUACCUCUUCUCCCCCGACGGAGCCGAGGAGUUCCAGAUAGACGGGGAGCUGGUGUCCCUCCCCCAUGUAUGGCUCUGAAACACGCCCCCUAGCGGGGAAGGUGAGACUCCACCUGACGGACGAUGUCACAAACACGCGUCAAAACAUUCGACCACAUAGUAAUCUUUGCUCAUUUCCUUUUCCGACUGUUUUUGUCCGCGCUAUGAACAUGACGACGCACUUAACCCUUUUUCUGCCCCUUCAGCUGCACGUCUAAAAAUGCAGCAACUUCUCCAAGCAUCCAUCUAGGCCUGGGCUGCUCGCCAAUAAAUCAACUCAUCCAACCAUAGACAAUUAACUUGGUAGUUGUAAUCGAUGAAUUGUCAGCGUUCUUCGUCUCUCCUUUCCAAACCGGAUACAGGAGGGUUCACUCUGUGCAUCGCUUUUGUUCAAAAGUAGAAUUAAAUGAACAGAGUUAACCCUCCAGUCAGUCAUCCGCAAUCGUUGUCCCUCCGGAAUUAAAUGAACAGAGUGAACCCUCCUGUCAGCCACCCACAAUCGUCGUCCCUCCAGAAUUGAAUGAACAGAGCGAACCCUCUUGUCAGUCGUCCGCAAUCCCUCCGGAAUUGAAUGAACAGAGUGAACCCUCUUGUCAGUCGUCCGGAAUUGAAUGAACAUAGUGAACCCUCUUGUCAGUCAUCCACAAUCGUUGUCCCUCCGGAAUUGAAUGAACAGAGUGAACCCUCCUGUCAGCCACCCACAAUCGUCGUCCCUCCAGAAUUGAAUGAACAGAGCGAACCCUCUUGUCAGUCGUCCGCAAUCGUUGUCCCUCCGGAAUUGAAUGAACAUAGUGAACCCUCUUGUCAGUCAUCCACAAUCGUUGUCCCUCCGGAAUUGAAUGAACAGAGUGAACCCUCUUGUCAGUCGUCCGGAAUUGAAUGAACAUAGUGAACCUUCUUGUCAGUCAUCCACAAUCGUUGUCCCUCCGGAAUGGAAUGAACAGAGUGAACCCUCUUGUCAGUCGUCCGCAAUCGUUGUCCCUCCGGAAUUGAAUGAACAGAAAGAAACUGCUCGUCAGUCAUUGUUUCUCCGGAAUUAAAUUAGCAAAGUGAACCCGCUUGUCAGUCAUCCGCAAUCUUUGUCCCUCCGGAAUUAAAUUAAGAGUGAAUCUUCCUUUAAUGAAACGGAGUGAACCCGCUUGUCAGUCGUACGCAAUCUUUGUCCCUCCAGAAUUAAAUAAACUGAGAGAACCCUCCUUUAAUGAACCCGCUUGUUAGUUGUCCGCAAUCUUUGUCCCGCCGGAAUUAAAUGAACAGAGUCAACCCUCCUUUAAUGAACAGAGUGAACCCGCUUGUCAGUCGUCCGCAAUAUUUGUCCCUCCGGAAUUAAAUGAACAGAGUGAACCAUCCUUUUAAUGAACAGAGUGAACCCGCUUGUCAGUCGUACGCAAUCUUUGUCCCUCUAGAAUUAAAUAAACUGAGAGAACCCUCCUUUAAUGAACCCGCUUGUCAGUAGUCCGCAAUCUCUGUCCCUCCGGAACUCAAUGAACAGAGAGAAACCGCUCGUCAAUCAUUGUUUCUCCGGAAUUAAAUUGACAAAGUGAACCCGCUUGCCAAUCGUACGCAAUCAAUGUCCUUCCGGAAUUAAAUGAACAGAGUGAACCAUCCUUUUAAUGAAUAGAGUGAACCCGCUUGUCAGUCGUCCGCAAUCUUUGUCCCUCCGGAAUUAAAUGAACAGAGUGAACCCUCCUUUAAUGAACAGAGUGAACCCGCUUGUCAGUCGUCCGCAAUCUUUGUCCCUCCGGAACUCAAUGAACAGAGUAAACCCUCCUGUCAGUCAUCCGCAAUCUUUGUCCCUCUAGAAUUAAAUGAACAGAGUGAACCCGCUUGUCAGUCGUCCGCAAUCUUUGUCCCUCCGGAAUUAAAUGAACAGAGUGAACCCUCCUUUAAUGAACAGAGUGAACCCGCUUGUCAGUCGUCCGCAAUCUUUGUCCCUCCGGAACUCAAUGAACAGAGUAAACCCUCCUGUCAGUCAUCCGCAAUCUUUGUCCCUCUAGAAUUAAAUGAACAGAGGGAACCCUCUUGUCAGUCGUCUGCAAUCUUUGACCCCCCCCCACCCCCUCAGAAUUAAAUGAGUCAAAUCAAUUAAUCAAACAUUAAUAAAUGAACUGGAUAACAGUAAUCGGUACAGGAGGGUGCUUCAAAUGAACAAAGUAAACCCUCUUGUCAGUCGUCCGCAAUUUUUGCCUAUCAUUCACAAUCCUUAUGUAAGACAAGAACACAUGUUUUUUUAAUGCAUUCUGACUUGUAAAUAAAUGCUAGCAAGCGUCAGCUAACAAAGGAAGUAAUGGGAGUCACUCUAUUCUGUUAAUGAAGUGCUCCAAAAACCUCCUUCAAGGUUUAUAUACGUGCUUUAAGUAGAUACUGUAAGUCAUAUUUAUGUCUUUUGCUCAUUGGAAGCACACGGCAGCGGAUUCAUUUCACAAUCUCAUCACAACGUUCGCUUUUCUCUUCAACAACAUAAUAAUAAUAAUAAUAAUAAUGGAUUAGAUUUUAUAUCGCGCUUUUCUAUUGUUCGAUACUCAAAGCGCUCACAGAGAAGUGGGAACCCAUCAUUCAUUCACACCUGGUGGUGGUAAGCUACAUUUGUAGCCACAGCUGCCCCGGGGUAGACUAAUCAUGCAGACUUCAUGAGAAAACCACAAAUGAUGAGACAGAGACUUAUAUUUUUGAGCCUGAGUAUAAGGAGGAUGAGCUACAGGUUUUAGAAGAUGCAGCUUUAGUGAAACUUUAAGUGUCAUGUAGCAGUUUUGCUAAGUGCUAAGCAAUAAGUACAAACUACGAACAUAAUAAAACAAUCACGUACUGUACAAUGUCUGCUCUCACUGGAACACUGACUGUUGGGGUGUUUAUAUAUUCCCGUUUAGAUAAAGAAUUCAUCAUAAUCGCAGGUUUAAAAGAAGAAGAAGAAAGUUGAAGCAAAAAGGGUAUCUUUGUGUCUUUCUCACCAUCUCCGGGUAUAAAUUGGAUGUCAAAGUUGACCAACUUCUCGGUUUAUGUCCACAUCCUUCCAUUAUCCAGGUGAGAGGCAUGAUUUAUAAUCUAGAAUUAACUUUCACCAACUCCGAGGCGAUGCAGCUGCUCACCAUUUCGGUAUAUCAACAUAGCAGUGCUAAAUAGUUGACCUGCGUUAGCACUUAUAAUAACAAUAUCGUUAAUACUUGUUAAUAUUCAGCUCACAAGAUGUAAAUGGAGUAGUGGUGGCGGUUUUGGGGUGGAAUUUUUUUUUUAGACCGUUUUAUGGGUGCAUAUUUAUCUGCAUUGUUAGCCACCUCCUACUUGCUGUAUUUUAUGACUUAGAAUGCAUAAAAAAGGAUUGUGAACGAUAAGCAACAUUCCACAAAAAGUGCAGUUCCCCCUUAAAGUUGUUAAAAGGAUGACUUGUGUUUUUAUGAUGACAUUAGUGCUUCAUGUGGUCUCUAAAUCAUGCUGACCAUAUUAUCAGCCCAGGCCUAGCGCCAUCUUUAAUUCCUCCCAACACCUCGGAUGUGCGUCUUUUUCCCCCCUCAAAAAAAGGCCUUGCAGUGCGGCAGCAGUUUUCUUUUGAUAUCUUUUUUUUUUUUUUUUUGGUAAAAAGAGGUGUCGCGAGUGCCUGCAGGUCUGGUCGCCCGCCACCUCGCCGCCUCCACAGGCCACGCCUCCCCGCUCAGGCCUUCCACACAACCAGCAGUUUACGCCUCACGCCGUGAGUCACAUGGUCGCAAACACACACACACACACCUCCACUAUCGGUUUAUUUUUUAUUUCCAAGCUGCUGAGAUAUAUAUAUAUAUAUGUGUGUGUGUAUAUGAUACAAAUAUCUAUUUUUCAUAUGUUGAAAAGAUGUGUUCUAGUGUGGGGAAAAUAACCAGGUCUAUUUUGUAUUAGUUGUUUUUUUAAUUUAAUAUUACUGUAGUGUGACUGUGGCUAGAACCCCUUUGUCCCGCCCCAGUAACAAUUCCUGAUUGGUUGCAAAGGGAGGGGGGCUGGCCCAGGGCUGUUGCCAUGGAAACCAGUCCCGAGCAACCACUAGCAGUAGUGCGGCAGCCUGGGGGAGGGAACCUUAAACCGUGAGCACAGGUGCUUCAUGGCGGACGUGUCUAGCAUGUUUGGCUGCAUUAUAUUCCUUUGGCACUGUAUUUGGAAUGAACGUUAACUUAUUAAAAAACUUACCAAAAACUUUCUUUUUUUUCCCCUCAUUUAAAAAAAAAAAAAAAAGUCUCCAAAGUAGUACCAGCCCGUGGUAGCCUUUAUUUUCAGUACAUCAAUAUAGCAUCUGGUGUAACGUUGCAAGCAUCAGGAAAAAUAGUCUGAUCAUUUCUUCAAUACAAAAUGAAAAUAUAUCAACAGGAAUACAAAAAAGAAACCAAAACCCGCUUUGUGUUUUUGUUUUUUUCCCCCCACCUGCAUCAAAACAAGAGCAGAGACGCAGCAGGACGGAGUAAACCAAACAAAAAAAAAACAACAUGCUUCUCAUCCAGCAGAGCUCCAAUUAGCAUAAAAAAAAACACUUUUACAAGAUAAAACAUGACAGUUGAAAUACAUAAAAGGCUGCAAACAUCAGGACCGUCUCCAGUGUCCGGACAUAACAUGAAUAUACAUCUUUUCUAUUUGGAUUGAAGAGCUUUUACACCACACGUGAAAUGGUGUUGCUAGGUAGAAAAUGGCCAAACAACCUGGCUUUGUCAGUUUUGAUCAGACUGAUGCUUGUCCUAACACUGUGGCUAUCAAUAACAGCGGCAAUAUUCUUCAUAUCAGCUUAAAACCGUUUAUCUGUGCAAACUAAUGCACCUAAAAUACUUUUAUGUAUAAAUAUUUAAAAAUCAUUGGUUCAUGCUGGAAUAAAAACAUAUUCCAAUGUGUAGAAAUACAUCAUUAUUUUCUCUCACGCCCCCCCCCUAAAGGACAACAUUUUUUUCCUAACCCUCCUGAAGCUAUGUUUUAUAGUAGGAAGAGGAUUUAUAUGCUCCAUUUUUUGCAGUUUACCUGACGCAUGAAACGUGACAGAUUUGGGGGCACUUUAUCCACUUUAGAAGACAGCGGAGUGUUGAGUAUCGUAAAAUGUGUUUUUGCGGCAAUUUCAACUUUGACCUCAGCGUCAGUUCCUAAUGUAGAGUGGCGCUUUCCAUCAUUUUCAGCAGACCGCAUUGCAAACGGUUAACACCCCAAUCUAAAGCUCACGUGAAAUCCACCCAGGAAUGGGGCCAUAAGAAUCCAUUCGCUACAGUAUGUGUCAAGAUUGCUAACACCAAAGAUGCUAUUACACCAUUGGCUCUCACGCCCCCUUUCCCCUGAUACCUCACAGUGCCCCCCCUCCUCCAUUUAAGAAGCACCAUGUUGGAACUUGCUCACAGUUGACAUUUUUCUAAAGGAACGUUUCUAAUUUUGAAGGAAACGUUAAUUACCGGUCUGCAUUUGUCAAGAUGCACACUGUUACCUCUCACGCCCCCCCUUUGGAACUUGUUCACAAUUAUAUAUUUUCUAAGGAACAAA